AUGACAAAUAGCACUGGGUGUAUUGGUCUUUUUCGGAAUGGAGAUAUAGAUAAGGAAGUGGAUCUGCUGGACAGAGAGCCAAUUAGCAUGCGCACGUAUCUGAGCCUUAUAAUCGAAUCAUUUAAUAAAAAAAGUGACUUUGUCUUGGCAAUUGUCAUUCCUGCAGAGACAGCUGUGAAGGAAUGUGCAGAUGACAAUAUUCCUGCAAGUAUUGUGGGGAAGGGCAUGGUGUACCUGGCAGAAUGCAUAAAUCUCCAUAGAUUUCAUGUCUCAAUUAGCAACCCGAAUGUGAUUGCUGUCUCCAGGAAAAAUGUUGUAGACCCGAAUGUAAAGUGCCACAUAAAAACCAUCUACUACUACGCACUGGGAUAUUCUGCCUUUGCUGAAAUUCUGAACAAAAAAGACAAAAAGCUCUUUAAGAGUCUGUCUCGUGUCCAGGAAGAUUCGCCUGCUGCCGUUGCAGAGCUGGCUGGAAUGAAUCCUUUGAUACUUACAUGCUCGUGGGUUGGGACAGAAGACGACUACCUGAACAACAGCAUAUUCCACACGUACUUGGAAAAAAACAAGAUUCUGGGAUACUUCUUUGAUGCAAAGAAGCAUUGUGACAGGCAGGUGAAAAAAGAAAGAGUUCUUGUCCGGGGCGUGCUUCUUGCAAUUGGGUGCUUCCUUAUAUGCUCGCUCAUCAUUCAAAGUAUUCUUCAUGAAUUUUCAUAUCCAACCCUUCUUUACCACACGACAGCCAUGCUUUUCUGUGGAAUAGUCAUGCUAAUUAAUGAAAGAAUCUAG